CCACAAUGAGGCCCCAUCAUUGAUUUCCAACAUCUCCAAUCCAGUCUUCCUCCCAUUAUAUACCCAUCGCCUGGCUUCGAAUAGUCGUUAAAGCUCCCUACAUCUCUGAACAUCAACACUUAACACUCACCAAAACAAUGAAGAUCAAAUGCAUUGUCGUGGCGUUGGCUGCUGCCCUCGCUCUAUCUUCCAACUUUGCCGAUGCCAAGCGCGAUCGCCACGAUGCUUCUCUUGUUAAAUCGGACCAGAAUCAGAACGUUGCUGACCCUACUACCGCUGGUGGUAAGGUCGAGAUGGCGGGGCGAUACGAUGAAUUCGGCUUCCUUCCUUUCGAUCCCCUUUACGACCGCCUUCAUCGUCUUCGCUAUCGUCUUCGCCAUCGUCUUGGCCGCUUGAGACACCGCUUAGAUUGGUACUUUGGCGGGUACCCUCAUCGCUUCCAUGGCGGGUACCCUCAUCACCGCCCUGGCUGGCGCGGUCCUCACCACCCUGGCUGGCGUCGUCCUCACUACCCUGGCAGGUGCCGUCCUCAAUACCCUGACUGGCACCGUCCUCACUGCCACCGCGGACGCCAUCACAAAAGAUGCAGGACCAAGAUUGUGGUUAAGUGCAAACCAUUCAAAGGUGGCCCUUUCAAGCAGCCCAUUGUUGGGGGAUCAGCUACCAGCGGCACCGUCGAAGAACUCGCGCCCAAGAAGGCUACUUCCGAUGAAAACGAGAUCUCUACUGCUCCUGGCAUCUCCUUUGACGACGAGGCCAUGAUUGGUGACUCCGAGACAACUGCGAGCGGCGAGGUCCAGCCAGCCGAUGCUCCUACUUCGUCUGACGAGGAGAUUUCGAUCAUUGGCUCUGAGACUACCAUGGACGACAAGAUCCAGCCAGUCGAUGCCCCCGCUUCGACUGACGAGAAGGUUCAGCCAGCUGAUGCGGACAAUAUUGCCACUGAGGCCACCACCGAGGCCGGAAUCACUGCUGAUUCUACCGCAUAAGCGUAGAUGAACUCUAAUACCGGAAUGGUUUCAAGAGGGGAUUACAAAGGGCUUUAAUGAGAGUAGAUUAUGGGAUUCGAACUCUAUACCAACAGCAAACUGUUAUAAACACAGCGAUGCUCAAUACAGUCAGCCUUAACAAUAAUCGUACGCAUUCGUUGUUG